UCGCUCGUCAUUUCCUUUUCGCCCCGGUCUCUCACUCCGUGCAGAUCUAGGAUGCAGAGCUGCAGUUUUAGAUCACUUUAAUCUCUAACCUGUCCUCCUCCACCUCCUCCUCUCCUCUCCUCCUCCUCCUCCUCCCCGGCCGAAGUCCGUCUCUCUGUCCGCACAGCGCGCUCUCUUUCUCCGCCUGAGCUCCUCCAGCACCGCCGCCGCCGCGCUGCAGCCAUGCCCAACAUCGUGCUCUUCAGCGGGAGCUCUCACCACGACCUGUCCCAGAAGGUGGCGGACCGCCUCGGACUGGAUCUGGGGAAAGUCAUCACUAAGAAGUUCAGUAAUCAGGAGACCUGUGUGGAGAUAGGUGAGAGUGUACGAGGGGAGGAUGUGUACAUCGUGCAGAGCGGCUGUGGAGAGAUUAAUGACAACCUGAUGGAGCUGCUGAUUAUGAUCAACGCCUGCAAGAUCGCCUCCUCAUCACGCGUCACUGCCGUCAUUCCCUGCUUUCCCUACGCCCGACAGGACAAGAAGGACAAGAGUCGUGCGCCCAUUUCUGCAAAGCUGGUUGCUAAUAUGCUUUCAGUUGCUGGAGCCGACCACAUCAUCACCAUGGAUCUCCAUGCUUCACAGAUCCAGGGCUUUUUUGACAUCGCUGUGGACAAUCUUUACGCAGAACCAGCUGUUCUACAGUGGAUCCGAGAGAACAUUCCAGAGUGGAAAAACUGCAUUAUUGUGUCACCCGACGCUGGCGGUGCUAAAAGGGUGACGUCCAUUGCUGACCGCCUAAAUGUUGAGUUUGCCCUCAUCCAUAAAGAGCGUAAGAAGGCCAAUGAGGUCGACCGUAUGGUCCUGGUGGGAGACGUGAAGGACCGUGUGGCCAUCCUCGUGGAUGACAUGGCAGAUACAUGUGGAACCAUUUGCCAUGCUGCUGAUAAGCUCAUCUCUGCUGGUGCAAUAAAGGUCUAUGCCAUCCUCACUCACGGCAUCUUCUCUGGACCUGCCAUCUCGCGCAUCAACAACGCCCCCUUUGAAGCUGUGGUGGUCACAAACACCAUUCCACAAGAGGAGAAGAUGAAGCAGUGUCCCAAAAUUCAGGUCAUCGACAUUUCAAUGAUUUUGGCAGAGGCCAUUCGAAGAACCCACAAUGGUGAAUCAGUCUCGUACCUCUUCAGCCACGUCCCUCUGUAAAGACCGCUUGAGAAGAUCAGGGGUUGGACCUACUUUCUCCACCAUCAGCCAUUCCAGUAUCAUUCCUGUGUGGGAGCCUAAAGAGUGAAUUCCAUUUAGCAUCCAAUAGCAAGUGACUGGCUCGUACUGAAUCCCACCAGCAUUACUAAACUUUUCCUCCAUCAUUCCCUCACAGCAAACUACUGCAGCAUUUUUAUUUAUCAUUUAUGAUGCUUUUUUGAUUAAUUGUUUUAUUUCAUCCCUGAUUCAUUACAAUGUUUUUUUUGUAUUACUGGCCUGGAUCUGGCUUUUGCCUUAACCAAAGAUCUUGAUGCCAAUUGCCUGUUUCAUAUCCAUUUUGUACCUUAGUUGUUUUUUUUUUUUUUUUACUUCAAUUGAACAUAAAAUGAAAAGUAAGCUGCAGGAUCUGAAAAAAAAAUCUACUGACCUCUUUUUUCUUCUUCAGUUGACUUAUUAUUCUCUUUAUUUCAUUUAGAUUAUUUAGAGCAGUUGUGCAGUUCUACUAAAGAUAUAGAUCUUUUCAGCAAAUGUUCUGAUGUUUUCAGCCGUUUAGUGUUAACUGAUUUUGGAUUUGGUUUCUAAAUGGAAGAAGAAAUUAUCUCAGAGAUGACUAUACUGUAAUUGUUACAACAUAGUUCUCAUUAUAUCUUAAACAACUUGACAGUAUUCAUGUUCUCAUGUAUUCAAACAGUUAAUUCUUACACUCAGUUUGAGUUUAAACAUGUCAAAAGUGUAAGAAUUUAAUUUUUUUGCUUUGUUAGCUACAUUACAUUUGUAGCUCCAGUACAAAAAAUAGCUUAAACUUAAGUCUUAAUUGAGCCAGCCAGUCAUUAAAAGUUAUGGGCCACGUAUAAGAAACAAGGAGUAAUGGGUCUUCAUUCAAACUUGGCUGCUUGAUUUGUCUUUUAUUUUUACCACUUCCUUAAUGCAUACCUCAAUGUUUUAUCCAAGUAUACAUUUGGGACAUUUUUGUAGCUGCCGUUUAUUUCAAAAAGUAGAAUUUCUUGUUUAUUUAAGAUAAUGUAGGUCAAAAAGUGUGUACUGUCCAGUAGAUACAGGUGUAGGUUCCUGUUCCCUUCUCUUAUUGGACGAGCUAGACACUGGGCUUAAGUUAUCUAUCUUAUCUAACUCUAGAAGAAAUUCUGCACUGGCCUGGCUAAGCUAUUUAGUAGGGAUGCACCGAUAUGAACAUUUUCGGCUGAAAAAAAUGUAAGUUUGAGACAAAUAUCAACACUGGACGUUUUUUUACGGAGAUUUUCGUAAAUUAUAAAACUAUUUUCACCAAUGCAUACAUUUAAUGUAGGCUCCAAUUUACUUUUGUCUUGCUUUUCAAAGUAAAAAAAAGCUAUUACAAAAGUACAGUUUAAACAAAUGAACAACGCAAAAUAUGACUAUUAUUAUAAACGCACAAUAUAAAUAAAUGUCAUUGUUCAAAAUAAAUUAUUGGAUAUUUUCACUUUUUUGACCGAACAACAGAUGGCAUUUUUCCCCCAGAUUGCCAGUUUCUGCCAAAUCAUUCGAUGCAUCCCUAUUAUUUAUAAGCAACAAAAUAUGAGUAACGGCACAUUCAUACUAAAACAAAUAUGCUUCAAGUCCAGUCAUUCAGUUUAAGAUAUUGCUCAUCAAAUGUGUAUUUUUAAUUAAAAACCCCUAUUUGUUGAUCUUUAUAAAAAAUGCAAAGGAAAAAAGACUAUCACAAUGGCUAAAAGACUGUUUUCAGAUAAAGUAUAUGAACAUGCUGCUGUGACCUAUUGAAGUUGGACUUUGUAUUGAUUCUUGAUUCUGUUCUCAUAAUUUCAUGGCAUUCAUAUUGCCACUUUACAAACAUUCUUUAAACAGUUUUUGCCUUUAAAUAGGCAUUCCAUAAACAGUUGUACCACUAAUGUUACAGUACUUAGGACAAUGUAGAAUCGAAACAUUACAGUUACUGUGUUGGAAUGUUCAGCUAUUUUGUGUUGUGGCCGCACACUAAUGUUUUGUCUCAGUCUAUAAGGAUAUACCUGUUGAUCAGCGCUUUGUCUUUGGCUAAGAUUCAUACAUAGCUCUUUGCCUUUAAGUUGAGUCAAAAACAGUUCAAGUGGCUGAACUGUUGAACUGAUUGCAGAUUCAUUAUGGAAACUUUACACAAUAUCCGUCACAAGCACUGACAUCGGAUGCAUUGAUGGUGGAAUUCUGGGCCAGUUCCAGCCUAUGUCAUUUUUCAUGUCUGUUUCUACUGCAGAGGUGUGCACUGUCAUGAAACUGAUGGGUGAACCUGAUCUUUUUAAUGGUCAGUCAUAUUUCUGUUGUUAUCACAAAGAGUUUUCACGAUAAACACAUUGGGGAAACAUUGUAAAAAUGCCUUGAAUAACCGAAAACUUCAGUUGCAUUACCUGUGUGUAGCAAAAGAGGGUGAGCGUGAUGCUGCAGGCUUAGACAUAACUAGAAUGGAGGCAGGGGUAGAGGUAGAGCUUUAUAGUGAACCAGUGGACCUAAUUACUACUUAGCCGAGGAAAAAUUAGUGCAACCAAGCCAAGUGCUGAAAAACGUUCAAGGAGCUUUAAUUUAGAAUUUAAAUUUAUCAUGUCACAUUGCAUAAAUUUUAGGGAUAGUAUUUUUAUACUAGUAAAUAUAAAACUGAACUCUAUCCGUACUUGAGAGUAAAUCUACUGCGUAAAAAGUACUAUGAUAAAAUCCCAAUGUUUGUCAGUAUUUUGGUUGGACCAGGUCAAGAGAACCAGAGAGAAAUGUAAAUCCAAAAAUGUUACUGGUUGAACGUAGUGCCUUAAAAGAUGCCCAAGAUUUUUUUUUUUUUUUUAAUAAAAGGAAAAAACAGAGUUGGAAGGGAACAAAAUAUUCAAAAUAAUGGCAUGAACAUUCUGGCACAACCAUCUCUGCAACAUCUAAUAAAAUAUAUUCUAAAAACACAGUGGUCUGGUAGGGUAGUUGGAGUGUAAUUGAUCUCUACAUUUUGAGGGUAUUUACUAAAUGAACAAAACUAUAUACUUUAAAAGUAUGCUGGGUGUCCGAGGUCUACAAAUCCCAGAAACUCACAGCCUGUCGCUUUUAAAGAACCAAUUACAGGACCCAGUGCUUCACCAUCAAUGCUUACCUGUGACCUCCAACCAUUGAAAGCGACUAUCCCUUUAAUCUCCACUGCUCACAGAAUGUACUAGAAACUAUUCCCUCUUAUCUUAUUUAAAAUAAAUAAGGCCUCCCAGGAGCAAAUUAGACCUAUUACAGUAAAAUUGACCCUAGAUCAGCACGAAAGAGCAAUGCGAAGGACAGAAUGAAGCUCUGGCUCAGGGAUGUCUGAAGAUUGCGGCUUUGCCUGGGUUGUUUUUUAAAGUUUUGACGAAGGCUCCUAAUUUCUUAGAUGUGAGAAUGGCUUUAGAAAGAGCAGCCAUCACAUUAUUAGUGGGAUGCAGUGACCAAGUGCUUCCAGCUUCACAACUCUGAUGAUGCCCUGUCUGUUUCAAAAUGACAACCGAAUUAAAAGUAAUGCUUUGACCAUG